AUGUCUGGCUCGAGUUCCCCUACCCUUGACGGUAUAGAUGAAGUACCAGAUACUCCAGCAUCAGCGCAGAAGAAGAAAAAGAAGAAGAAAUCCAAGAAGUCUGCUAAAGCGAAGCCAGAGGCAGCGAAAUUAGUAGACGAAGACCGUCCUCCUGUUCUCUGUAUUAGCAGGAACAAGCAUUGGAGAUACAUCAGCUCCUACCAUGGACCUUGGCUGCAACUGCCUAUUGAACUGCUAGAAUCUUUGUUGGUGCUUAAUCUCGACCCUGCAACACUGUCGGCUGCAGAGCCAAGGAUACCCUCAAUCCCCCCGACGCCUAAUUCCAGUACCAACCGUAUCCGAGACCGCAGCUUUCGCGACCUGAACGACUUUUCGCCUCCCGACUCUCCACGAACAUCACUUGCCAGUCUACCCUUACCACCGCCAAUCCCUCCACCGAAACCAGGCAAGGCCACCCCACCGCCUAUCGACCCAGGGGUGUUUCGUAAUGUUACUUCGAUACGUCGACUUAUCGACGAGGCAGCCGAAUUGUCCGUCAGGGCGUCCUCCGGACUUUCUGCAGCCGAAUUGGGUUCCAUGCGCGGCGGUUCUGUAGGACUUGGUGGGAGCCCUUGGGCUGCUGCUCAGACGCUCGGGAUCAAUCCCCUAGGUAACAUGGGUGGUAAUGGAAGGAAUGUUGCAAUGUCUGCGAUGCGCAUCCACAGAUUGAGAGCACUGGCGGUGCAGAAGCUCGCACAGGCAUACAAGGCUGAUGAGAUCGCGUCGAGCGUCAUGGUGAUGCAAGGUGGUAGCGUGUUCGACGAUGUAGCAGAACGAGUGCUCAAAGUUGAUCCCAACGACGCGGACGCGAAAUACGUCCAUUUCUUUCACGAGAAAAUACCUUCUCGUCAAUUAGCGGAAUCUACUACGACCCAAGUCCUCGACGAGCUUAUCCGAGCUCAGCCUCAACGAUUAGAAUUCUACCGUACGCGUGGAAUUGUUCGCUGCUUCCGCGAUGAGUACCCCGAGGCGACCAGAGACUUCACAUACGCUCUCAAGGAGUCUCGAGCUGCGCGUAAAGCCAAAGUAGCCCAUACCGACCGAGGAGGGCCCUCCGAAUCACGAACAAAGAGUACGAAGAAAAGGAAGGGCGGGGGUGGCAAGACCAAUGGGCAAGCCCCACCGAGCGGUACGAGUACGAUAGACUCGUCAGUUGACGGACCAGAUGGGGAGCCGCUCCUGAUCCACCCAUCUGUUCUCCCUGACGCCCCGGAUCCGAUCGAGCCGCAGUUGCUGUUCUUGCGCGGAGCGGCAUAUCUGCAACAUGCGGUCUACCUCAUUGAAGGUGCUGUCUUGCAGCUUGAAGGGAUACGCAAGGCUCCGUCCAUUGACGGCGCCGAGCUGAGGCUGUGUUAUCUGGAGAACGGGAAAUAUGGUGGAGUUGAGAUUGGGCACCCUGAUGGUCCGCUCGGGAAGAUGGGUGGUGCAAAGGCGAGGGCGUAUAGGGAUGCACUUGGAGAAGGCAGGUUCAAGGACCAGGUCACUUCAUUGCUGAAGAAGAGUAUCCGGGACCACGACAAAUUCCUAGCUCACUUCGACACCCUCGAGUCGCCCAACUCCUUGUUCGAUAGUGAAGGGGACUUAGCAAAGCAGGUCGAGUAUGCGUUCUUACUCUCAGAGUCUAUCCGGCCUGGGAACCACUCGAACGGGACCCCGCCGCCUUUCCCGUUAUCUGACACGCCAGCGAUGUUCACGACGUACCACCCAUUGCUCGUGGAGAGCCAUUUUAGUGUUCUCAUCUGCCAAUUGAUGCUCGCCGAUUUUUCGGGCCUCUUGAAGAGGUUUAUCCGUACUGCAGCGCUCGUGGACGGGCUCGAAGGGUACCCUGUAUUCCUUCCUCCUCGGUCUAUGGCCCAAGCAGAGUUCAUUGAGGUCCUGGAACGACUCGCUGGUGGAUGGAAGAAUGGUAUCCAACCUCAUUCUCUCUCCAAGGGUCGUGCAAAGGGAAGACUGGCUAUCGAGGCUCGACCAGUGACCCCUCCGCCUCCGCCUUCUCCCAUUCCGGUGAACACAGGGUCGUCUUCAACCGGGGCUGGGAGUUCUCGCGACGACAGUUCGUCGUCUGGUACUGGGUCCCCGCCGCCGUCCCCUCCGGGCCGCCAGGACGCGGACGAAGCUCUGGACUGUGCGAGGAUCUUGUUGGCGCCUGUCGUCAACCGUCAACGGGAACGCGCGGAGAGGGCCGCUGCAGAUAAGGCUGCGGGUGCGAAGAAGAAGCCGUUGCAGAUUAAUAUCCCGCUUCAUGGGCCAAGGGUGGAGGUUAUUUUGGCAUGGCUGGGGGCGGUUCAUUUACCCGAGUUGGAUUGA